GCAGUUAUUUUUAGGGCCUAUAAUGUGCUCAGUGUAUCAUAGAUUAAACUUAGAAUCCAAUAAUGUGAUUGUUCCAAGAUCUAAAUCCAGAACAGUCUUUUAUGUCUUCGUCUUUAAUCAAUGCAAGAAUUAUGACAUCUCCAAAUGAUCAUUAUCAUGCUCUGCUGCCAGUGUUUAUUGCCUUUGCACUGCUGUAAUGCUUCCCAGAAGAGACCAUAACUUGGAAAGCAGAUCCACUGGGACAGCAGUGAGCUUGGGAGCCAUGGGACCUCCCGGGACCACUCAAGAUGGGACAAGAGGACGCCGACCGUCUACACCCUAUCAACCAAAAUCCAUCGUGGUUGUCCAUUCAACACCAUCAGGGGAGAAAACACAGUGUGAGAGCUAUCUGAUAAAUACAGACACAGACAGACCACUUCCUCUUCCAGACAUCAUGCCAGGGACUUUUCCUGAGCUUGCAACAGCCAAGCGACGGCACAAAAGUACAACAGAUAUCCCAUAUCGGGGCAACGUGUGCCUGCUUCCACCGUCACCUCUUGGUUUCACCGAUACAGAACAAAAUCUCUUGCGCCGAUGCUCAUUAAGAGAGAUCAAAAGUGUUUCACGCUCCCCUCGUCACGCCCUCAGCGUCCCCAACAUGGGCACCAACAGUCCCCUCAGGGUUUUCCACAGCAGCCCUCUCCACAGCGCCCCACUCUCACCAGCACAAAGCAACAUAUCCAGCCCCACCAGGGAGAUGGAGAGGCUCGCCAAGGCUCGGAGUAAACUCCUGGAAAGCGAGAGUAACCAAACCCCGACGCUUCCCCCAGAAACCAGAGAGCAACUUCGCUACGUCUCCAAGGAUGGAAAGUGUCGCGUCAAUCUGUGUCACAUCUCUGAAAGGGGUCGCUUCCUGUCUGAUAUCUUUACCUCCUUUGUGGACCUCCAGUAUCGCUGGUUCCUGUUUGUCUUCAUGAUGUGCUAUAUCACCACCUGGUUCUUGUUUGCCGGUCUCUACUUCUUUAACGCUUCCUUUCGAGGCGAUCUCGAACAGGACCGUCAUCUCGACACCCCUGAGAACCACUUCGUAGAUAAGACGCCCUGCUACUUAGGCGUAGACGGCUUCAUCUCAGCUCUGCUCUUCUCAGUGGAGACACAACGCACCAUUGGCUAUGGUUCCCGCACUGUUUCUCCAACCUGCCAUGAGGGUGUGCUGCUGGUCAUGAUUCAAUGUAUUGUUGGGUCCAUGAUAGACGCCCUCAUGGUGGGUUGCAUGUUUGUUAAAAUAUCCCGACCUAAGAAGCGAGCAGAGACACUUCUUUUUAGUCGCACUUGCGUCAUUGCAAACCGGGACGACCAGCUGUGCUUGAUGUUCCGUCUGGGAGACCUGAGAGAAAGUCACAUGGUGGAUGCAAAGGUUCGCGCAAAGUUAAUCAAGUCCCGCCAAACAGCUGAGGGCGAGUUCUUGCCUCUUGAGCAGACUGAAAUCGAUCUCGGUUAUGAAACUGGGUCAGACAGACUUUUCUUGGUGGAGCCUCAAGUCAUUCAGCAUAAUAUCGACUCAAACAGUCCGCUGUGGGAGCUGGGCCCUGAGCAGUUUAGACGCCAACAGUUUGAGAUAAUCGUCAUCUUGGAGGGAAUUGUUGAGGCAACAGGGAUGAUGUGCCAAGCUAAAACAUCUUACAUCGAAACAGAGAUCGAGUGGGGCGCUCGCUUUGAACCCUGCAUGACGCUGGAGAAAGGUUCCUUCAGGGUGGACCUACGUCGGUUCCACACCACCUACCAGGUUCCGCUGCCUCACUGCAGUGCCAGCCAGGCUCACCAGUUCAUGACUCUGUCAGACCAGAAGCUCCAAAGCCACAAAUCUGGCCGAGACCUGGAAACCUGGACGGAAGGAGCAACUGAGGAGGACAAAACCAAGCAACCAUCUUAUGGAUUCAUUAUUGACAACAUUCAGGAAGAAAGAAUGUCCGAAACAAAUGAAAGUGAAGCAAGUGCAGAAGAAAGCAUGCCAUAAGAAGAGCUUAUGAAAGACAUUUUGCACUUUUUGUGUUAGUAUUUACAGUGAAUUAUUUAUCGAUAAGAAGAUUGCGGAUAGGCCUAGAGGACAUUGAAGCCACAGUAGGAAAAGCACACAAGUGUAAAUUAAACAUAUAACACUGUGUUUGAAUCGACUGUUUGUUGAGUUCACUUCAAAAUAACAUCCAUCAAGCUUUCCAGUCUAACAUCGUAAUGAUAAAAAAUUAAAACAGUUUAAUGAUUAA